AAUGAAAAAGUCCCUGAAGUAUUUUCAGAAUGCAUUACCCACAUACAACGUUGGUAAAUAAUGUUUUCAUCAUCCCUGAAAAAUCGAUCGGAUGCGCGCGCCGACUUUUCCAGCACGGUCUAUCUCUGGGACAUUGCAAAUAUCGCCAGCUGGUCACAUAUAUAAGAGCCAUCAUGCCGGGCGCCAGGCAUAAAAUCCUUGGGCAUGUCCUCUCAGGAUUUUGCCACAAAAUGAACAGACGUAAGCCCAUUUAUGGAGAUUCCUUGGACACUCCGCUCAACCGCUGCCUUACUACUUUUGAUAUAACUUUACUUGGUGUGGGCCAUAUGGUCGGAGCUGGUAUUUACGUCCUUACGGGAACUGUGGCACACAGUAUGGCUGGUCCAGCGACUGCUCUCAGUUUCUUACUUGCCGGAAUCACAUCUACUCUAGCUGCAUUGUGUUAUGCUGAAUUCGGUACAAGAAUACCCAGGGCCGGGAGUGCAUAUGCAUACACAUACGUCAGUAUUGGAGAGUUUUGGGCCUUUAUAAUUGGGUGGAAUAUCGUACUGGAAUAUAUGAUCGGUGCGGCUUCGGUUGCAAGAGCAUGGUCAGGAUAUUUAGACGCAAUGUUAGACGGCGCAAUUAGCAAUGCUACAAUAUCUGUUACUGGGGAGCUACACGAAACUCUUCUCAGUAAAUACCCUGACGUUUUAGCGUUUCUUAUAUGCAUUGUGGCAUCUUUAAUCCUAGCCGUGGGUGUUAAGACUUCCGCCUAUAUCAAUAACGGGCUUACAAUUCUAAAUCUUACGGUAAUCUCCCUAGUAAUUUUCUUAGGUUUUUAUUAUGCUGACAUUAGUAACUGGUCCGAAAAGAAUGGUGGUUUUAUGCCUUAUGGUUUUAGCGGCGUAUUAGCUGGUGCAGCUACAUGUUUUUAUGCCUUCGUCGGUUUUGACAGUAUAUCUGCGUCAAGUGAGGAAGCGAAGGAUCCUUCACGCUCCAUUCCAAUCGCAACUAUUUUAUCAAUGGCCAUGGUAGCUUUCGGUUACAUUCUUGUAGCGAUAGCUUUGACUUUAAUGGUACCUUAUAAAAGUAUAAACCCUGAAGCUGCUUUACCGGCUGCCUUGGGCGCGGUGCACGCAGACUGGGCUAAAUACGCAGUUGCCGUCGGUGCCGUGUGUGGGAUGACCACAACUCUGUUAGGAUCCUUAUUCUCACUGCCUCGUUGUUUGUAUGCUAUGUCAGCUGAUGGUCUCUUGUUCGGUUUCCUAAGUGAUAUUAGCAACAAGUCUCAAAUACCUAUAUCCAAUCUGAUUAUAUCUGGGUUCUCAUCAGCUUUGAUAGCUCUUUUAUUCGAUUUGGAAAAGCUCGUGGAAUUUAUGUCAAUCGGAACAUUAUUGGCUUAUACGAUUGUAAGUGCUGCUGUGAUUAUUUUGCGGUAUCGUCCAGCACCACCAGAAGAAAAGGGCUUCGGUCCUCCUCAGCUGGAUUCACCUAUUGAUAGAGAGGAUAGUUCUGCGACUGGGACCCCCGGAACUGAUGCCGGAUCUUCUUCUUCAGAGAUGUUUGAAGCCCUCACCGUUGGUAGAUUACGUCCGCAGUACGCAUGGUUGGAGCCGCUGGCUGGUGGCCGAGCACCUGGCAGCGCUGUAUCCAGCUGUGUUUACACGUUCACAGCUGCAGCCGCUGCGUUAUGCGCACACAACCACUUCUUGGCGGAGCCUGCUGGUCUCUGGGCGCUGUUGCCUGACUUUGUGCUGACUUUCAUUAUUAUUGCUUGUUUGGUAAUAAUAUGGGCUCAUCAGCAAAGUCCGUUGCGUUUGCCGUUCCGAGUGCCGUGGGUACCAUUUCUGCCGGCCGCUAGCGUCAUGCUCAACGUGGAGCUGAUGGUCAAUCUCAACGCGCUCACUUGGGCGAGAUUCGCUAUUUGGAUGACUCUUGGGUUUCUGCUGUACUUCCUGUACGGGAUCCACCAUAGCAAAUUAGGCGAGGGAGUGGCCGGCUUGCUCUCCCGCUCGGGCAGUGGCACGGCCCACAGUUGGGGUGCAGUGGACAAGACCAGCUCGCUCGCGAGGCGCGUGGGCCGCCUGGGCCGCGGCAGCAAGAGCGAUGACCGCAAACCCAUCAUAUGCGACGACGAACUCGCCCGUCCUUGAUUUUAAAUGACCGGUAAAAUUUCUCGACUUUAAACUAUUUCAAGCUAGAUAAUGCCCGCGACUUCGUCCGCGUGGAUUUAGGCUUUUAUGAAUCUUUGAUUUUCCGGGAUAAAAAGUAGCCUAUGUGCUAAUCCAGG